GUGAGUCGACGAGGACGGAAACAGAAUAGGGGACUCUUUCCGCUCUAUCUCAUCCCAAUUCAACGCGCGGCAGAGGAAAUAAGAAGAAGCGGAGGAGAGGAGGAAGAGAGGGAAGCGAGGAGAAGAGGGGGAAAGUAAUUGGAGAUACGUUCGCCGCUGGCUGAGGCUCCUUCGUCGUCGAAUCCAGGCGGUGGCUCCCGCUGGUCGGAGCUUGCGGAGAGGUAAGCUCGAAUCCCCUCCCACCCUGCUUCUUCUGCCUGCGCUGUCGUUCUCCGCUCGGAUUGGCUUCUGUUUUCUGUUCGUCCUCUGCUCUGUCUACUUGUCUCGCUUUGAUCCUCUCGCUAAGGCAAUUGCGAUCCGGUUCUCUCAACUAUGGAAUCUUCGAUCGCGGACCGGGGAUCAGAUCGCCAAUGUUUAUUUCGUGGGGUUCCGUCGCGCAAUGAGGAGAUUCCCAAGCUGUCCUCUUCUGCGUGGGUUUUGAUUCUGCUUGCUUCUCGCCUUCUUUAGGGUUUUCGAUCUCUGUUUGAGAAUUCUGGUCUCAAAUUUGCAUCUUCGCGGGUGCAGCUUCUUGAUCUUGUGUUGCUCGAGGUGUUCUUCUUUGGAAGAUAGGAUUACCGCUAGCGUUGUUGCCGCCGUUGAGGUGGGAAUAGUGCAUAGCUCGCCUUCUCUGUAAGAGAAGGUGCAAACCCUAAUCUUGCCCGAAACCUAUAAAGAUAAUAAAAGGAGAAGCAGAAGGGUUUGUAGUCGUCUGAUUUGGUGGUUAAUUCUAUGGCUACUGUUUGCUGAUAUAGAUCGCCCCCACCAAUGCUGCAGCGGCAACCAUCGCUGCCACCGCCACUGACCCCGCCGGUGACAAAGCAUUCUCGAAUCGACCUCGGUGAGCUAAAGUCGCAGAUAGCAAAGCAGCUCGACCAGGAGCAAGCGAACCGCUAUUUCAGCUAUCUGAAUGGUCUGUUGUCACAGAAGUUGAGCAAGCAUGAGUUCAACAAGUUCUGCAUUAUGACGCUCGGCCAUGAGAAUCUCCCUUUGCACAAUCAGCUCAUUCGUUCUAUACUUCUCAAUGCCUGUCAAGCCAAAGCUCAACUAUCAGUCAAUCAUGGCAGGUUUGCACAUAGGCCAACUGGGAUUGUGUCGAAGAAUUCCCCUGAAUCAGAUGAUGGACUGGGUUUUUCACAAGCCCUGACAUGUUCACACACUUGGUCCAAUGGGGAUAUCUUGCCAUGGUCAAACGACAAGUUUAGAGGUGGUAGUGAUAAUAACAGGAUCAGAGACUGCCCCAGCCCCCUUGGACAGAAUAGGAGGGUGGAGGUUGAAGCUGUUCUGGGUGAGAAUGGUGAUUUGAGCUCAUGUUAUUUGAAGAGAUCAGUGCAGCAACAGCAGGGUGGCGUUCAUGAGUUGCCAGCAAAGAGAGCAAGGAUAGAGGAGCCUUCUCUGCUUGACCAGGGAUCUGUACAUUACAAGGUUCUUAAGGAAGUUGUUCCCCCGAAAUGUGGGGAGAACAUGGACCAUAGGGGUGAUUUGGACUCCUUCAGAGGUCCUCUUCAGGCUCCUCUCGGAAAUCUUUUCUGUUCGGCAAACACCACGGGUGCAAGGAGGAGAAUUCUGUCAGCGGUUACUGCUCUCACUGAUAGUUUUUGUAGGAAUUAUGAUUGCAGUGAACUGUGUGAUACUGAGAUAUUGAAGAAACGAAUGGAGAAAAUGGCUCAAUCACAGGGCUUGGAAGGAGUAACAAUGGACUGUGCCAACUUGCUGAACAGUUGGUUGGAUGCGUAUCUGAAGCAGCUGGUUAAAUUGUGCAUUGAACUAGUAGGGGCAGGAACAGGACAUGUGUUGACAAAACAGGCAGUUUCCAAUCUUGUGCCUUAUGCAAAGCCCAUCAAUGGUGUUUGGGCAAGAAAUGACAUCCAAGUGCAAGGUACCGUUGGGUCUUUGGAAGGCACACAUGUGUUGAGUAUGAAGGAUUUUAGGAGAGCAAUGGAACUAAACCCACAGCAACUUGGUGGAGAUUGGUCAUUACUUCUUGAGAAAAUAUGUGUUCAUUCAUUUGAGGAAUAGGAAAAAUCAAAAUCUAUUUUAAGGUUUGCAAAAGUCAUAGCACCUGGAUGGAUCAACUUUUGAGGAAGACUACGUGGUACUGCAAUGGCAGAUUCAAGUUCCUCAGGAAAAAGAUAUGCUUUAUCUGCUUCUUUCGGAGUUCAAUAAGAAUAAUUCUAUUAGAUCCUUACAUGGAACACCUCAAGAAUAAUUCUAAGGGGAAAAAAAAAGGAACUCUCUCUGUUCAGCUCAUUUAUUGUAGGUUACUGUCCCUGAAGAGGCAUCUCCAUCACAAUAUCACACCAGAGGUCUCGAGCUGCUAUGUAAUUGACAUCAUGGAAGACUCUGGAGGAAGUUUUGCAGGAUUAUUCCUUGCUCGUGAUCUUUUCAUUACUGAUGUGCAUGAUAGCUAACUAUAGCGGAUAAGUGGUGGUACAAAACCUUGGUGAGAAGCUUCUCAAAAUAAAGAAAGUGUUUUUCUGUUAUUGUUCUUGGGAGUUCAAUCUCAUCAAUCCUGUGGUGCAUAUAAAUUCUCUUGAAUUCAGGUCCUUCGCUUGCAGGACCACUCAGGUUAGUUGGCUUUGUGUACUGCUCUCGUGUUCUAAUGCUGGCACUUCAUCUCUCUCAACAGGCACCUAACAACAGUGCAGCCUGAAUUGAAUGAAGGAAUCAAAAGUCAAGUUCGCUUCAGUAUGCAUUGAGAACAAAGAUGCAGCCACUUAUCCUCCCUCCACUGCUCGAGCAUCCCCUAAUCCACAGACAUAUAUUAGCUGCGGACAACUAAGACUCGACAAGAUAAAAACAUGAGCAUUACUUCUGCUCCGUUGUGGUGUUUCCAUGGCCAACCAAGAAACGUACCACGACACAAGUGAUGUUGUCAGCGCUUCCUCUUUGAUAAGCUUCGUGCAACAGUCUCUUUGCCGCUUGUUCUGGGUCCUCUAUGGACUGUAUCAUGGCCACAGCCUCCUGAGAAUUUUCAGUGAGAAACAAAAGAGAUGUAACUGAACAAGCUAAAUAUUUCAUGGAUCUGUGUAUAAUAAAUCAGGUCAAAUACCUCAUUUGUAACAA